UUUCGUUUCACUCUAUUCAUAGGUGUUAAAAUGGAAGAAGGAUCUCGAUUUAUUUUAUAUUUCGUCUUAUUUACAAUCAUAGUUGGUCAUGUAUGUAGUCAAGGUGCAGAUAAUUGUAGAAGCAGAACAACUUGUCGAGAGUGCAUUGGGGUGGCCAGGUGUGCCUGGUGCUCUCAAGUGAAUUUUGGACAAUCCCGCUGUGAUACGCAAGAUAAUUUAGUGAACUCUGGUUGUCCUGUGAGUAAUAUUUCUAAUCCAGGGAGCAAGUUCAAUAAUGAAGAGGACAGUACUGUGGGACCAAAAGUCCAAGUUCAACCCCAGAGGAUCAAAGUGAAUUUACGAUCAGGAGUGGCCACUACAGUGAGACUAACAGUGAGACCAGCAGAAAACUACCCUGUAGAUUUGUACUAUCUCAUGGACAUGUCAAACUCUAUGAAAGAUGACUUGGGAAAACUGACUGCUUUGGCCACAACAAUAGCUGAUAGCAUGAAUAACAUCACAAAAAAUUCAAAACUGGGCUUUGGUUCUUUUGUGGACAAGACUGUCAGUCCAUUCAUCAGAGUUGAGACAAAGCUUCCAUGUAUUACUUCAGACAAAGUAACCUGUGUGCCUACAUAUGGCUACAGACACAUUCUCUCACUUGUUGAUGAUGCCCCACUCUUUGCACAAAAAAUUAAGGAUCAGGUCAUUUCUGGUAAUCUUGAUGCUCCUGAAGGAGGAUUUGAUGCCUUGAUGCAAGUAGCAGCUUGUGAAAAGGAAAUUGGUUGGGGUGCCAAUGGUACAUCUCGCCGUCUGGUUGUCUUUGUUUCGGAUGCUCCAUUUCAUAUUGCUGGGGAUGGAAAGCUUGGUGGUAUUGUGACUCCGAAUGAUGGAAAAUGCCACUUGAAAAAUGAUGUUCAAGGAGACUAUGACUUCUACUCAAAGUCAAAUGAAAUGGAUUAUCCUUCUCUGGCUCAGCUUCAUGACAGACUCCAGCAGAGUAAUAUUAUCCCAAUAUUUGCUGUUGUUAAGGACGUCUCCAGUCUGUACCAGAGUGUGGCAUCCAUGUGGAGUGACUUGGGAGCUGUUAGUGGAGAGCUUGCAGUUGACUCCGGAAACAUUGUUGACCUGAUUGCUAGAAAAUAUGAGGAAAUUGUAUCGUCAGUCAGCUUGGUCUUUAAUGCUCCGGAGAAAGUGUCAGUUACUGUCAAAGCUAAUUGUGGGCCUAAUGCAGUCAAUGACCAAAUCCAGAGAUGUUCAAAUGUGAAAAUUGGAGAAAAGGUUUAUUUUGAUGUGUCAGUGACGUUACAACAAUGCCCUGAGGCAGGAGCUGCGCAGCAGAGCAGCUUCACAAUUCGUGUACCAGGAUUUGGAGCUGUAGAACUAGACCUGAAUUAUGUUUGUGAGUGCGACUGUGGGAAGCCAAGUAUGGCGGAGGAAAACAGCACCAAGUGUACCGAAGGAAAUGGAACGUUUGCCUGUGGACAAUGUGAUUGUAACAAAGGGAGGUAUGGAGAAUUUUGUCAGUGCGAUACGCCAUUUGACAAAUCAAAGGAUCAGUCUAAAUGUAAAAGCUCUAACUCUACAGACGAACUGCCAUGCAGUGGAAACGGCGAGUGUGCCUGUGGAAAGUGUGUUUGCAAAGCGGAGCAAGGAAAAAGGUUUUAUGGGGACUUGUGCCAGUGCAAUGAUUUCUCAUGUCCUGAAGAUAAAGGCCAAUUAUGUGGAGGUCCUGAUCGUGGAGUUUGUCGUUGCCGUAAAUGCCAGUGUAAACCAAAGUAUCAUGGCGCUAACUGUGACAAGAAGAACUGUACAUACUUUCCUCCAGAAACCCAAUGCAAGAAAGAUGCGGAUUCGGAGAUCUGUGGAGGUUCUGAGAGAGGUGAAUGCAAGCCAGAUGACGAAAACUGCUACAAGUGUGUUUGUAAGAGUGCUUAUGAUGGAACCUACUGUGAAAAGUGUCCGAACUGUGAAGACGGCAUGUGUAGUCGCAAUGAAGACUGUGCUCUGUGUGCAACAUUCGAAGGGCAGUCCUUGGAGCAGUGUAAAAAAAUAAAUAGGUGUGAAGCUAAUGUUCUGGAAGUUCAGGUGGUGGAUAAUAUUGAAAAAAAAACAGAUGAAGGAUUGUAUCGCUGUGAGGGUGAAGUUGACGGAUGCACAUAUUACUUUACCACGCAAACAGAGGAAAACAGCGAACGCUUUGUACUUUUUGUUCAAAAAGAGAAAGUGAGUUGUCCUGAAGAAGCACCCAUCUUACCCAUUGUGUUGGGUGUGAUUGGUGGAAUAUUACUGCUGGGUCUUAUCAUAUUAAUUGUUGUCAAGGCCUUCGUUACUAUGGUGGACCGCAUUGAAUAUCAAAAGUUUGAACGAGAACGAAUGCACUCGAGAUGGACCAAGGAAAAAAAUCCCCUGUAUCAAGCUGCCAAGACCACAUUCGAGAAUCCAACUUACGCUGGUGGAAGGCAGUGACACGAUAC